AUGGCGGCCAAGGGCGGAGGGAAGAUCGUCAAUAGGAAUUUGGCUCAGAUCCUCUCGACCCCUUCUAGCUCCCCUGUCCCUCUGCCGGCAUCCUCGCGACCAGUAACCAGUGUACCCAGACAUGAAGUGACCACAGAUGGUGGCGUAGGGCAAAUGAGGCAUGUGCUGGGUGGGUCUAUGGGUCUUGCUGGCCUCAGCGAAGCCAAAGCCAAAGCAAGCGAAAACCUCAGCGCGAACCGAGUUGACUCCGUAGCGCGAAGGGGUUCGCGACGCUGCGGUGCUUUGUUGCCUAGGAGGACUGGAGAAGGGCAGGGUCCGGCCAGGGUGGCCAGGGAACACAGGGACGGACUGUCAUGUCAAUCGGUACCGCGCAGUCCAGAGAGUCCAGCCAGUCCAGCCAUGUCAGCCAGGCAGACGAUCCAGGCCAUGGAGGCUCGACACGCUAAACAGGCCAUACGGGGCCACGGGGCACUCUUAGUGCUUGGCCAACUGGGCCAGGCUGUCCAGGCGGGCUCCAGGCUCUGUGCCUACGCCGCCGUCCGUUAG